UUCACUGCACAGGAGAAGCACCAUGCCUUUGAAAAAGGUUGGCAAGAAGAGGGAGCCAUUAUGGAAGGAAUGGGACAGACAAGCACAGAAAGAAGGCUCUAGAAAGACGUUUUAUGCUGUAGGAGGCGAUGAAUACACAGGAGAUUGGCACGACAAUAAAAAGCACGGCAAAGGUGUUCAGAUCUGGAAGCGUUCUGGUUUAAGAUAUGAAGGAGAUUGGGCCAACGGGAACCGUCAUGGCUAUGGCAUGCUUAGCCUGAUAGUGAGAGACAAAGACGGAGAAGAUCUAGUCAAGCAAUAUGCAGGAGGUUGGAAGAAUGACCUGAGACAUGGAUAUGGUACACAGUUUUAUUCUUUGCCUGGAGAGUACUACGAGGGAGAGUGGUAUGCCAACCAGAGAAGUGGGUGGGGCAGAAUGUAUUUUUCAAAUGGAUCUGUGUAUGAGGGGGAAUGGUUCGAGGACAAAAGAAACGGCAAAGGAUUAUUAAAAUUAGCUAAUGGGAACCGCUAUGAAGGAUUGUGGAAGGACGACAUGAAACAUGGAGAUGGAAAAUACCUAUAUUUAGAUAAAGGGCAGAUAUACACUGGAGUCUGGUACAAUGACAUUGCAAAGUGUGGUUCAAUGGUUGACUACCAUUAUGAGACUAAUAAUGCACCGAACAAACCUGAUUUCCCCAUUCCAGAGUGCAAGCUAAAAGAUAUCAGAACAGUUCUACAAGAAACUGCAACAGAUUUAGAACAUUGAAAAUCCAAAAAAAUAUUAUUUUAACAAGCCACGCCUAAAAUAUUCAGCCA